GGUCGGAGAUGAACAAACAGAGCUCUAUUUAUAUCCGGUUGGCUCGACGACUCUGCUUUGAGCAGCUCCCGCCGGAAUCCAUGGAGAGGAGGCCAUUCGAUCUUCUUGUUCUUCUUCUCGCAGUGCUUCUGACGGCGUCGGCGACUUCGUCCAUGGCGUACACCUUCUACGUCGGCGGAAGAGACGGCUGGGUCGCGAAUCCGUCGGAGAGCUACGACGCCUGGGCCGGCAGGAACCGGUUCCGAGUCAACGACACGCUCGUGUUCAGGCCCGGCGGCGGCGGCGGCGGCGGCGGCGGAGGAGGAGAUUCUGUUCUGGUGGUGUCGAAGCCGGACUACGACGCGUGCAACGUGAGCAGCCCGUUACAGACGCUGCAGGGUGGGAACUCGCCGGCGACGUUCGCGUUUGACCGCUCGGGGCCGUUCUUCUUCAUCAGCAGCGUGGCGGAGAACUGCCGGAGGGGGCAGAGGGUGGUGGUGGUCGUCUUGGCCGUGAGGAACAACCGGCCGAGCACCCCUCCGCCGGCGCCGCCAGCUUCUCCUCCCUCGCCGUCGCUUCCUCUGCCUCCCCCUUCUUCCUCUCCUGCUCCGUCCGUAAGUAGUACUCCUCCAGCUCCGCCACCGGCGUCCACUCCUCCUCUUCCGCCUUCUUCCUCUUCGCCGUCGCCUUCUGUUAUGGCAUCGGCUCCGUCGCCCACAAGUACUAGUCCACCGGCGUCCUCUCCUUCUUCCUCUUCGCCGUCGGCUUCUGUUACGGCACCGGCUCCGUCGUCCACAACUAGUUCACCUUCCGCUCAGCCACCGGCGUCCUCCCCUACUUCUCUUUCACCUCCUUCCUCUUCGCCGUCGCCUUCUGUUACGGCACCGGCUCCGUCGUCCGCAACCAGUUCACCUCCAGCUCCGUCACCGGCCUCCCUUCUUACUCCCUCCUCAUCGCCGCAGCCUUCUAGUUCUACCACCGCUUCUGCUCCCUCGUCCCCUACUAGCACACCUCCAGCUCCACUAGCUACGUCACCGGGUUCUGGGAACUCUUCAUCGGGAAGCGAGGUGUCGCCGCCGCCGCCGCCACCGAGCUCCUCCACCGCGCUGCAGGCAAAAUUCACUCUCCAGCUGCUCGCCGCGGCCCUCUGCGGCGCCUUCCUCCUCUGAGAACGAACUCAUACGCCUGCUGCCAUGUACACGAGUCAUUCAAUCGUACGAUCGCGUCUAUUCUUGUUCUCGAUUUGCUUCAUAUACCAAUAAAAAUCGAGCUUUCUAAAAAACAGAAUCGAUCGAGUGAUCCCAUCGCCAACACACCUUAAACAAUCAAGCUCUGACGUUAGCGGCAAGUCGUUAGUGGAUUCACAUACAGCAUCGUUCUAAAUCCAAUUGGGGACAAAGGAAACUUUUACAUUCACGAUUGUGGAGGCACUAGUUUGCAGAGUCGUGAUCGUCCUCAGUGUUCCGUCAAUCUAUCCCUAA